CAAGUUUAAACGUCAUUUACGAAUGUCUACUAUUAGUAAACAUUUAAAUUCCUUUGACAGAUAUGUUUCACCUCGCAGCCAUUUGAUGCAGUUAUGUCUACAAGUGAUGAUUACCAAGUUCCUGUCCGGGAUGGACAUGCUAUACAUCCAAAAUAUACUGCUCCUGAAGAGAUGUACUGGUUGAGUCACCUAAACCAAGAAGACCUGUGUGAAAAAUAUGUUGGUCUGAGGGAUGAUUUCUACACACUAAAGAAAUUUUCUUGCAAACAAGAAGACAAAAUAAAAAAGCUACAAACUAAACUACGAAAAUUUAUUGCGGACAGAAAGAAAGUUGACAUGACGAAAGGAAGCACAUCCUUUAGUACUCAAGAGAUAGAAUAUCAGGAUGCUUUAGAAACUCAUCGUCACUCCAUCAGGGAUCUACAGUUGAAAAAUGAUCAUCUGGAGAAAAAGUUGAAAUUAGCAAGCAUUCAACUGAGUACUGCAAAAAAGAAUAAGCCCUUGUUGUUUCGUCAUGUGGGGCCAAGAGUUGACAGUGGACGAAAGCAAAUACGUACAUCAGUCACCCCACAAGUGAGGCAGCCUCCUCAACCUAGUUCUUCACCUUCAAAACCUGUUCAUCAACCAGACCCUGUGUUACCAGAAAAAAUCCGUGAAAUCCUAGAAGAAGCAAGAGGGAGAAUUCUUUCUUUAGAAGCUGAGAGAGAUGAUCUUCAGGAAGAACUUAUUGAGAAACAACAGGCAUAUGAAGAUGCAGAGUAUGAUCUGCAACAAGAAAUAGCUAUGAUGAAGGACGAAUUGCAGGAUCGCGGAGUGCGUGAAGAAAAUGACUCUGUAGCAGUUGUAUGUGCUGAACGUAAAACUCGCACUCUUUCUGCUCGCAACACUGCACUUCACGAGCAGCUGGUAAUUACAGAGGAGAAAGUUGAAGCAGAAAGGACAAGAAAGGAGGCUCUACAAAAUGAACUUGAAAGAAUCACUGGGAAACUUCUGUUAAUUGAAAAUCAGUUAAGAGAAUUGCAACAAGAACAUCAAAAUACAGUGGGACAGUUACAGCAGGUUACAGAGAAGAAAAACGUUUUACAGAAUGAAAAUAGUCAUCUCCAAAAGGAAAAUGAACGUCUGACUUCUCUUAAUUUAACUUUUGAAAAAAGAGGACUUGCAUCUGAAAAUGAGUCAUUGAAGUCUCAAAUUGCACAACUAGAAUCAGCUUUACAGAGUGACCUGAUUGAAAGAGGAACUUUCUUGGAACACAUGAACAGUGAUAAGGAGGCCCUUGCUAAAGUUGAGGUUGAAGUGAAAACACUAAGGGAGAGAAACAUCAAACUUCAAGAAGAUUUGGAGGAAACCUCUCGGAAGUUGAAUAUUUUUUCAAAGGCUGGGCUACUGGACUUGACAGAAGAGGACCUUACUAGUUCACUUAAGAAACAGAAGGAAGAUGCUUCUCAUAAUAUUUCUCUCAAGGAAUUUGAAGAAGCAAAACAUAAGCAUAGUGAACUACAGCUGCUAUAUAGAGAGAAGACUUUAGAGCUAGAGAGGAUUACAGCAACUCUCACCACACACUCAGAGACCUACAAGGCAUUACAGAACCAGGUAUCUAGAGUUGCUCAAGAAUCCCAGGAAAAGGAAAAAGAUUUGUGUUUGUCAAUCAAGGGUUUACAGGAGACAAUCAAAAGGCGUGAUGAACGCUGUGAGAAGAUGGAACAUCAGAUACUAAUGAUCACCGACAAGAGCCUGAAGGAGAAGUUGGAUGGCCUGGGCCAUAACCUUACACAGACUCUAAACCUCGGCAAACAUGAUAAUGUGCUACAGUUUCACAUAGAUAAAAUAGUAUUUGAAGGUCCUGAAUUCAGCCAAUUAAAAACAUUUGCUUCUUGGACAGUUCCAUUCUCGUUGGAAGAUCCUUUGCAGCAUACAAAUGUUGCCAUUGGCAAUGAUGCUCACUACAAUUAUUCAGCACUCUACAGGUUUCAGAUGAACUAUAGAAAUCUUGAGUCAUUGCGAGAAGAUAAUGUCACAGUGUCUGUGUAUAUUCUUUUGGAUUCUGGCCAUCCAACCAAAAUUGGUGAAUGUCAGUUAACAUUUUGUGAGGUUCUGGACUAUCCACGCAACACCCUUCAUGGCUCUGUGCAAGUUUUGGUGUCCUAUGAUGAUGCAGAGGAGAUGCAACACUUGCCUUCAGGAUUGUAUUUACAGCCAGGACAGGUAAUUGGCACACUACGUUAUUGGUUUAACUUACAACGUGCCUGUGAGGAGGUCAUUGCCCAGCAUCUUCGCACAGUUGGUGUUUUAGGGUCGACUCAACAUUAUGAGGAUUUCAUUCCCAAGGCCUCCAAGACGAUAAAGGCAAAGAACCCAGUAAAGCAGAGCAAAAAUGGUAAUAAGGAACAACAGGGAAAUGCAGAACAGUCUUCCUCUGACAUGAGCAAAGGAAAAACUGGUGUCAAACGUGCAUCAAAAGUGAAACAUCCAAGCCCAGCACCAAGAUCACAGUCACAUGCAUCUCUGCUCUUAGAAACUCAACAGACAUCAUCCCAAGAGGGUGAAAUAAGUAAACAUCAACAGAAAACUUUACAAUAUCCUUCACCAACAGAUAAACAUGCCCCUGUAAUGCAAGUUAAAAGUGGCUCUCACAGUGAUGGUGAAGCUAACAAUAAUGUGCUUCAAGAUCAGUGUUCACAGUCACAGUCUGUCAGCUCAGCCAGAUCCUAUAAUGGUAAAAGUCCCUCUAAAACAAAUAUAAAUGACACUAGUGAUCAAGAAGACUGUAGAAGUCACAGCAGUAUUAAAUCAAAAAGAACAUCUAAAUCAGAUUCUUUAAGCAAGUCUAACCAGUCUACCAGUCAUGUAGAAUCACCUCACCUUGAUAAGACAGCAACUCAACCUAAGUUUGUAGCUGCAGACAAGAGUGUAAGUGAAUCUUCUAUGGAAAUUAAGGGAAUCUCCGUUAUUCCUGAGAAUUGUGCUACCUCUCCAAUACCUCACAAAAAUCACCCUCAGGUUUUCAGACAACAUGCAUACUCUGAUGAAAAUAGCUCUCCAGAAUCUUCUAAAGACAACAGUGACACAAUGUUUGAAGAGUCCAGUGAGUCUGACACUGACAGCAGGGAGUCACAACAUAAGAUGGUCCAAAAAGGUCCCACACAACUUAUUGCAGAAGCCCAGUGCAGCGAAGCCUUUACAAGAAAAGAAAGUAUUAAGGGUAAUAUGAGUAUUCAUGGCACAAGAGUACAGCAGGUGCAAUCUACCAGCAGCCCUGGGACAAGUAGUAGCAAAAGUCAUGCAACAGACAGCCAACUGUCUCUGACUGAAUCCAAUCUUGCUACUGAUUCUGAAGGAGUUGUAGCGGUUGCUUCAAAGAUAAAGAAGGAUAAACAAUUGAAGAUCUACGUUGAAGUAUGUAACUUGACAUUACAUGGUGACUCUAGCGUGAUUCAAGACCCAUCGGUGGAAUUCCUGUUCGUUGAUUACCAUGGGUUUCUUGGUCUUCCUCCUGAUCAGUUAGAGACUCCAGUAUCUCUUCCAAAGCCUCCCCCAGGACGCAGUCUCAAUUUUAACUUUGGUCAAGAAUUUAGUAUCAGCAAACAGUAUCCAGAGCGUGAGCAAGCCUUGGUUGACCUGAUGAAGAAUCGAGGAAUCAUCAAGUUUACUGUAACAUCAGAACCAUCUGAAGAGCUCCAAGAUAUUCAUGACUGCCAAGACUUGGGGUAUGCUUUUGUGAAUCUCCAUGAACUGUUGAGAAAGGGGCAAGAUCUACAAGAUGAAGAUUUAGUUGUAGAGUGCUGAUGAUGGCAGCCAAAUGGGCAUUCUACGUGUGACACUUAACAUUGUUGAAGUCCUCAAACAUCUGAAUGUCACAAACUAUUAAAAAUUAAUAGAUUUAC